AUGCCGACAAUGAGCCAGAGAAUUCGACAGGUUGCUAUCGUGGGUGCAGGGCCCGUUGGUCUUCUCGGCGCCCUUGAGCUUGCGAGACUUGGCAUAUCUGUCGAUGUCUUCGAUCUGCUUGAAGGCGUGGACCGACGUCCACGCGCGGCGGGCUACGGACCAUCCGCAGUCAGGCUCAUGGGACGUGCCGGAGUCCUCGACCGGAUUCGUCAAGAGGGUUUGGAGCUUUACGACUAUUGUUGGAGAAAGCCUUCCGGUGAAUACAUUGCUGGAAUCAAAGACGUCUUCAAUCCUAACCGUGAGGACCGAUAUGUCACCAUGCCUGUCGAUCAGUUGACCCAAAUCAUCUACGAAGCGCUCCAAGAAUAUCCAAUUGCUAAAGUACAUUGGAGGCAUAAGUUCACAGGUUUUGAACAGGAUAAAGAACGGGUUGUGAUAUUCACCGAGCAUGAGGGACAGGCAAGAAGAUUUGAGGCAGAUUUCCUCCUUGGUUGCGACGGUGGACGGAGCGGAGUACGAAAAGCAUUGUUCGGCCGCCACUUUCCUGGCCAUACGUGGGAUGUGCAAAUCGUUGCAACAAAUCUUCAUUUUCCCGACGGCAGAAUGGAGAAGCACGGAUGGAGUGACAUCUCUUGGGUCAUUGACCCGGACAACUGGGCUGUGAUCUGCAAAAUCGAGACUAAUCCUGACAUCUGGCGGGUGUCGUAUGGCGAACCAGGUCAUCUAACAGAAGAAGAGCUACGAGAACGUUGUCCCAAGAAGCUUGAGACUCUGCUUCCUGGAGCACCUGCACCACAAGAUUAUGAACUUGGAAGAUUCAGUCCGUACAAAUUACACCAAAGGUGUGUGCCGAAGAUGCGAGUUGGCCGAGUGCUACUUGCGGGCGACGCUGCCCAUCUCACCAAUCCCAUGGGCGGACUCGGACUGACAAGCGGGAUGGCCGAUAUUGGCUGCCUUGUCGACUGCCUCGGAGCCAUCCACGAAGGACUAGCCAGUCUGUCCAUUCUCGACAAGUACGACCAACAACGACGGCAGAAGUACCAUACAGUCACGGAUGCCGUCUCGACAGCCAAUUUGAAACGAUUGUUCUUACCGGGAGAAGACGCUUUGUUGCUUGAUCCUGGCUUACGGAGAAUUGAGCAGGCCUCACGGGAUCCGGCCACGGCCAAAGAACUUUUUGAGGCUUCGGACAAUCUUACAGUGGACAUGACCCCGUUUUAUGACCUCAAGCCGAGGGAGAUUAACGGCAUUGCCGUGACUGUGUGA